GGACGGUGGUGGGAGAGGAUGAGGCGAGGAGGUGGCCACCGAACAUCCGGGUGUGCCUGCGGCGGGCUGCGCGCUGCAUAAUUGAUGGAGGGCCGGGCGUAGUUCUGGGUCGGCAGCGGUUGGGCGCUGUUGAGUGUCUCGGGGGAGGAGGGCAAGGCGGCCGGCCCCUCCCACUCUGCCUUUUCUCGAGUGUCCUGACCCCGGGCUUGGCAGCCGGCGCCGGGCCUCCGGCGUGUGCGCAGCGACUCCGGGAACCGACGGUGGUGCGUAAGGACCGCAGCGGACCUGCGGGCGCCAUGCGCGCCCUCCCCGGCCUCAUGGGGCCCCGGGCCCCGCUCCUGCCGCUGCUCCUCCUGUGUCUUCUCGCCGCAGCGCGCCCGAGCUUGGCGGACGGCCAUCCCUCAGCUUCACCUUUUACAACUCCACCUGUCCGUGAAGAAACGAUGGCAAAAUAUUCUAACCUUUCUUUGGAGAGUCAUAACAUAUCACUGACUGCUUCACCUUUUACAACUCCACCUGUCCGUGAAGAAACAAUGGCAAAAUAUUCUAACCUUUCUUUGGAGAGUCAUAACAUAUCACUGACUGAACAUUCUAAUAUGCCAGUAGAAAAAAAUAUCACUUUAGAAAGACCUUCUAAUAUAAAACUCAUCUGCCAAUUCACAACAUCUGGGGAUUUGAAUUCAGUAAAUGUAACUUGGAGAAAAGAUGAUGAAAUACUUGAGACUAAUUAUCUUAAUGCAACAGGAAGCAUCCUGUAUACCCAAUACAUGUUCACCAUCGUUAAUAGCAAACAAAUGGGAAGUUACUCUUGUGUCUUUGGAGAGAAAAAGGAACAAAGGGGCACAUUUAACUUCAAAGUCCCUGAACUUCAUGGAAAAAACAAACCAUUGAUCAAUUAUGUGGGGGAUUCAGUUGUCUUGAAGUGUAAAUGUCAAGAUUGUUUUCCUUUAAAUUGGACUUGGUACAGUAGUAAUGGGAGUGUACAGGUUCCUGUUGAUGUUCAAAUGAAUGAUAAGUAUGUGAUCAAUGGAAAAAAUGCUAAUGAAACAAGGCUCAAGAUAAUGCAACUUUCAGAAGAAGAUCGGGGGUCUUACUGGUGCCAUGCAAUAUUCCAAUUAGGGGAGAGUGAAGAACACAUUGAACUUGUCGUGCUGAGUUAUCUUGUGCCCCUCAAAGCAUUUCUUGCAAUAGCUGCUGAGGUGGUUCUUUUAGUGGCUAUUAUUCUGCUUUGUGAAAUGUACACCCAAAAGAAAAAGGAGCACUCAGAUGAUGGGAAAGAAUUUGAACAAAUUGAACAGCUGAAAUUAGAUGACAGCAAUGGUAUAGAAAAUAAUGCUCCCAGGCACAGAAAAAAUGAAGCUGUGGGCCAAUGAAUGAGAAGCAUCAUGUCAAGAGUCAUGGGAAGAUGCACAAAGAGUUUAGAUUUCAGCUUUGCUUAUGGCUUCCUGUUAAGAACACCCGAGUUUCUAUUUUUAAAAGGAUGAAAAUUUUAUGCAAAAUGCUCAGCAGCAGCUUUGUAAAUAAUAUAUGCUAUUUCAGAUCUAAAGAUAUAUUUUCAUUCUGUAAUUAUUUUGCAUUAAAGCAAGGUAAAUUGUAUUAAAUAUGUUCUAUGAGCUGUAACCCAGGAUAAUUCAUUACAUUUUGGUCCUCAAGGGACACAAAGAACAGACACCAGCAAAACCAAAUAGUACAUAGAGCCAAUGUCACUCAAGACCUGCUUAUAACCAAAGAAUCUAUUAAAGACAAAGCCUUUGCCAUUUCUCUUAAAACGUCUUUUCCCCCAAUCAUGUUUACUAUGUAUAGAAGUAUUUGUAUUAAUUUUCAUGUAAAGUCAAUCCUUCAGUCAUACUGAAAAAAAGUCUCCUCAAUGGGAAAUAAGUACCUUUUGCCUUUGUUAAUGAUGGUUACUCUACAAUCUCCACCAAAAAAACCCAUACUUUUCCUCCAAAAAUAUUGGUUUAAGGCAAGGAAAUAAAACCAUACACUUGCCCCAAUAUCCAUCACUCCAAAGCAGAUUUCUCAGUCUUAUUCCACUCAUCUCCACUGUUUUUAUACCAGGCUAAAGUGAUUAUUAGUCUUUAUAAAGAGCUUUUUUUUUUAAAGCCACUGGUUUUGGCUGUCUUGAGUUACAGCAGGUGUUGACAUUGCAGGGUACAGGUCCACACAGUCACAGGUUAGCACUGUUACAGAACGUGCUUCUGUAGUUCGUGGUUUCCUGGUAUCCAUGGCUGGCUAAAUAUCUAAAAAUGCAUUAUUAGUGCUUUAUAAUACUAAUGCUUUUGUCUGAAAUCAAGAAGUACUAAAGAACUAAGGUACAAAAAUAGAAUACUUUGUUUCUAUUGCAUAUAUAACUGAAUUAUUUUAUAAAAAUCACUGUAACCAAACCCAGUGGAAUCUGAAUAGACAGGAAAAGUUGUCAAUGGCUCUGAAUGGUAAUAUAUUAAUAUCAUAUAGCACGAUACUAGGUUAGGUUGAAUAUUGUGUGAAACCUGCUGGGGAUCCUUGGUGCUGGUGAGUCCACGGUCCCCCUGCUUGUGGUGCAGCAGAGUAAAGAGCAGCUGUAGACAAAGAGGGAAGAGUUGGGGAUGGUGGCAAAGAACCCACAGUGUUGGUGACUAGGGGAUUAAAGCUGGAAAAAGAGAAGUUCAGUUGUUUGGAAAAAAAUAUAGAAAUUUAUACAUUGUUCUGGCUGAGAAAAUUAUAAUAAAAUUCUAGUAGUGAAAAUUAUACCUUAUAGGGCAUCUUAACUAAUGUUAAAAAUAUUACUGGUCUGAAUAAAGUGUGACUUGGAAGCUACUCAUUAUUUUGUUGCAACAGUGUUUUGUGUAAACCAUGUUAAUUAUACACCCAGGUGUUUUUUGUUUAUUAAGUUAUUUUUUGAGGGGAGGGAGGUAAUUAGGUUUAUUUACUUAUUUAAUGGAGAUGCUGGAAGUUGAACCCAGGACCUUGUGCAUGCUAAGCAUGUGCUCUACCACUGAGCUAUAUGCUCCCCUCCCAAGUUCUGCUGAAUAGACUACAUCCUUUAAGUAAUGGCAGAUUUCAUCUUACUCUUGUCUCAGAGCCAUAAGCCAUGGAUUUGUUUUGGUUUAAUUAAUUAUUAAUAUGAUAAAGUGAUCUUGUGUGGUAUCUAUAUGAUGGCAGACAACCAAUCAGUUUACUUAAUUAAUCUAAGCAAUUUGAAUUCAGUGAAAAAUUAGUCAGAUAUGCUAUAUUAACUAAGUCCAAUUCAAAACAGUAUACUUGUGACUGGAUAUAUACAAAACCAGAAACAAUAUGUAGCUCAUAUGCAGUAUGCAUUCUUCUGUUUUGCUACCACUAUUUAGGCUAAAAUAGUUUUCAAGCAAGAAAACUUGCUGCCUUAAGGUAAAAUAAUCUAAAAUAUUUAUUUAGUAAAUUGAAUUUUUAAGUGUCAGUGCUUGCUGCUUUUCCUAGCAAAGACAAUUCACUUUCAGUAACUGUAAGGAGAAAAAAUACUCAAAAAAUUAAAGUUGAAUUUUGGCUUUUCAGAGUCUGUCUGGAGGACUUCCAGACAAUUACUUCACCACUGUUAGAUUAAAAAUGGAAUGCUUUCAUUAACUAACCUCAUGGAGAUGAGUGGAUUAACUAAAAAAUGACCAAUUGUAAACUGAAAAUACUAAGCAGGCAGAAAAGCUGAAGUAGGAAAAUUACCCCAUGUUCAUGUAUUAGACCCCUUGGGAAAUUCUAUUAAUCUUUUAGCUAACAGGGUUUUGAGCAUAAUAAAGAGCUUUAAUGAUGUCUUAAAAUUCCCAGAUAUUUUCAUACUCAGUUUAUGCUCUAAUGUAAAUCUUCUCUUGAUAGCCUCUCUCUUUUUCCUCAGGAAACCUAGAACUCAUUGUGCUAUUUUUUUCUCCUCUGUGAACUAAUACGUAUUCAUGAAUCUCUGUUCCUUUGGCCUUCCUAGUAGCUCAUUAAUCCACCCAUCACCUCCCCACCCCAUUCUCACCAGCUGCACUAGCUCAGGUCUUGAUUUUCCUACCUCAGUCUCUCUGUUAAUCAAUUUUUUUGGACUGCUGCUGGGCUAUAUUUCUAAAACACAAAUCUUACUAUGGAACUUAAUGUGGCAGCGUCCAUGCCAAAACUCUACAGGCUCAUCUUUGCUAUAUCUUAAUAUUGCAGUUGUCCAAAUUCUUAAUCUUUCUCCACUGUCUUGAUUUAGCUUUGACAUAGAGAGAUUCUGUGCAGAAUGCUGUCCCCCGAGUUCACUGAACUCAAGUUUAGCUUUUAAGACUUUAAUCUGAUGUUACUUUCUGGCAGAUCCCUCAUACCCAGUUGGGUGUGUACCAUCUCAUAUGUGCAAAUAAUUCACAUUUCUUUGUGCUUAUUACCCUGUAUUACAAAUAUGCAUGUAUAUAUCUCUGGAUUCUGCUUUUAUUUCUUUGACCCGUACCUACCACAGAGAGGGAGUACAUUGGAGAUGUGCUGAAUGGAUAAAUGUAUAUGUAAAAGUCAAAUUUUGUAAAUUUAUACUUAUUUUUAGAAUAACAAUCUUAAUUGUGACAUCAAAAUUGAAACAAAAUAUUUUAACAGAGAUAAGCAAGCCUUUAUCACUUCAGUGUCUGCUUCUAUUUCUUUGAAAAACAUAUAGCCAACAGAAUAAAAAGUCUUGUCAGAUUUUUAUAAUGUGUAAUAAUGUAGUGAGCAAAGGGAGUUCUGAUUCCUAAACUCUUAUACAGGGUAUGUUGCUUUCAACUUAUUUAAAUUCCUGUUAUCCUUUAUUUCUCAUGAGCAGUGCAAAUGUUACUCUUAUUUUUAUCCUUUAUUUUAACAAGAUAAUGUACUGACUUUAUAUAUGUAAAGAAUUUUAGCAGUUGUAGUUCUUUGCAUGGUGUUGUAGUGAGUGUUGAUUUUAGUGUCCACUCCAUUAAAUUUCUCAUUCCUCCUCCCCACCAAUACCUCAAAGUACCUUAGAAUAUCUCAGAAUCCAAUUCAAAAAGUUAUCUUAAACCUUUUUUUAGAAAGCUUUUGUUUAGUUUUGAUCACUGAAAGCUUAUCUUUAAUCAAAUUCCUCAAAAGAAAAAAAGUCAGUUUUGCUCACAAAUUCCCUGGUUCUUCAUCUUUGAGGCAUUUAAAUAGAUUUAUGCAAAAUUAUUUACUGCAUAGCUACUUCUUUAUAGAAGGUUAAUCUUAUCUAACUGAACCAAUUAUGCAAUGAAUUAGGGACUUCUCAUUAGCAUUUUUAGGUAGAGCAGGUGCAAGUGUGUGUUCCAGUAUUAAUUAAAAGGCACACUGACAUAGCUUGCUCUAAAUUAACAUUUAUUGAAUGAAUGAAAAACAGAUUAAUGACUCAAUUAUUCUGGAAUCUUAAAUCUACAUAUUUAUGUAAUAUCUACUUUGACUUUAAUUAAUUGAAUGUAUUACUCUAGUAUAGAUAAAAAUAAAACUGGAACUAUC